CUUUUCCCAUGGACCCUGCUAGUCAAGACCUCUAGGGACCUGAGGAACGGAGGGGUUAAGAGGCUACCUGAGGAGAGGUCAGGCCACACCGGAGGCUACCCACCACACAGCUAUUCCCUACAUCCUUUAGAGCACCUCUAAAAAUAAUUCACCCUCCCUAAUAUACCCCACUCAAUCACUCACUCACCCCCACACACAAACUUUCACACAUGCUGAGGCUUUCCUUAUAAGGGGGCAGUUGAAAAGUCUUUGCAGCUUAUUUGGAGGUGUGGCGGAUGAUGUUUCAGCGUUUGUGUUUAUUUGUGUAUGUGUAUGUUUAAGUGUUUAUCAUCAGGCGAGGCCAGCUUAGCGACUUCUUCUAGAUCCCAUGUGCUCAAAGAGGGCAGCUGCCAGCUAUAACUUUCUCCUGUGGCAUGUUUAUAGAGCGACAACAGUGCUCAUGGUCCAUAAGGUAACAAUCAGUGAUUACUCAAAUGCAAAACCAGGACAACCAAAAACCAGGACAGGUCCAUGUGAUUUUUGACAUCUCUUGGUGAUUAGGAGUGCUGAUCAGUGAAGUCUAGAGUAAUAAGAAAUGCUAACCCUGACAGGCUCAUUUGUCUGGCAACCCAAUCAAGAUAACUGACAUGGGCAGGCUUUGUUUGCCUGAGAAGAGUGAGGCGGCUCCUCCUGCUGAGCUGCAGGGCAGAGUUACGACCCUCCUCUAAUUAUGGGGUUAUCUUUGUCAGUUACUGUCAAGACACACACAACAGUGUGAGACACCUGGCUUCAUCCCAUUUCUGCAGACCACACGGCCGUCACAUGUCCAGGCUGAUGGGCUGUCAGUGAAGAGCACGCUGAUGACUUUAAGGGUGCUCUGAGUGAUUUAAUAUUGGCGCUACAGGAGAUGAUGGCUUAAUGGUUUCAUUUAUUGCGCCUGUGAGAAAUAACCUUUCCAGAGACAUAAAAGCAUCAUUAUGAAGACAGUAGCCAAUUUUCUCACCCAUAUUUCUAUUAAAAGUCCAUGCAUUUGUUGUUAAGGAAGCGUGACGCACGCAUGAAGUCUAAUUACUGCAGUGAAACAGCGCAAAAAACCUUUACGUUAUUAAAACCUUCUAUUAAGGGCACAUCAUUUAUCUACAACACCAUCAUUGCAUUUGAAAGCAAUCAUCCUCUAGUUGGGAAUAUUUACAUAUCUGCAGUUUAAUCAUAUGCUUUAAUUUAAAUGUCACAAAUGAAGAGGUAUUGUAAAUACAUUAUCAAAACAGUUGCAGAGGACAAUUACAGAGAAAGUCCAUUAACACAUAACAGAGUCAUCACAGUAGGCAUCUUUGAAGACAGACAGCCCUGGGCACUCUUAUUUAAACCAACAAGCCUUAUUUAGAGUUAUCAGCAGGCUUAUUUCAAUGCAUAAUAUUCAACCAUAAAAUACAAAUAAAACAGAAUAUCCUAUAUCUGGAAAUCCUUUUAUCAAAACAUUAUAUUUAAGUGUUAGGGCUGCCAGCAGUAACAUGUUAAUUGCAAAGCGAUUGAGACUUUCCUUUUUUAUUUAUUUUUUCAAAACAUGCUUUUUUGCUUCGCCCUAGGACACCGUAGUCCAGCUAUGGCUGCAUCUUCCUGCAAAAAAAAUGACACUCCCACCUUUUUUAAAGGCAGAUCUCACUUUAAAGAAAGAUCUCAGCUGGUUCAGCUGACAAAUCAAAGUAAUAUGGAUUUUGUGUCAAACAGAAUUAAGAUAUCAAAGUUUGAGCUGUGACCUUAAAACUAAGCAUACACGUGUAGACAAUCAGACUCAAAUAUGAAUCACAAAGCCUCUUAAUCGGAGCCUCUUAUCAUUGAAAGAAAAAAUAGCUUUAUGUUUACUGUCCAUGCAUGAAACAGAGAAUAACAACCCAACGGAAAUUGCUGAAAGUGCAAAUGCUGUUGCAUUAAUCAGGGAUCACUGGACAUCAGUGAGUUAUCAAAAUUAUCCAAUUUCACACCAUAAUGACACUGAUUAGACGCUUGGUUCUUGUAUUCCUGUGUGCAUGGAGCACUGUUUUUCUCAGAUUAAGCUCUUCAGCUGUUUCCUACCUCAGGGUCAUGGUUUCAGACCACACUGGUGUAGCAGAGCAGCAUUUAGUUUAAUGAUAAAUCUUAAGGUCUAGCUCACAAGAACAUUUCAUUGCAUUCAUUUGAGACACUGAGAAGGAUCGCUUUGCGUUGUAAAUAUUGACGUAGAAACUGUUUUGAAAAACAAAUGUCUGGAUUUUUAAACAUGCAGUUGAGAAUGGGGCUAAUCUUGAUUGCUUGUUGAUAAUCCGCGAUCACUCACAAUUUCACAAAAUGAAUCAACUGGCAGCCCUAACAAAUAUCUCUUUGUAGAUGGCGUGCAUUUUUGCAUGUUAGUGACCACUGAGGACAUGCCUACCUAUUAUCUAUUGUUCAGUCCGUUGAGGGUACCCAGAGCCAUCAAACUCCCCAUGCAAGUCCUCACUUGUCUCCAUAAUUAUUUUUCCUGCCACUUACAGAGUGGUAGCAGGUGGGGCCUGAAGACAGCUGGAGAGGUGAUUGGCUGGCCAUCAUGAUGGAUGAAGAAGUGUUUUAAGUGCAGAUGAGUGUAAGAGCCUGUUAUGACAUACAGGAAGGCAGAAAAGCUGAACUGACAGCAGAAGAAUCAACGGCGGAAGCUUUGAGGCAACAUGGGAGAAAGUGAAUCAUCUCCUGAGAAGAUAAUAUGUGCCUAGUUAAUAUGUGACAUCGGAUGUGUUAUAACUUUGUAAUGAAAGGAGGUGGAGUAGUAGGCCAAGGGUGUACUGAAAGGUCAGGCAGAUAACAGAGUUUAUAGGAAGUUUUACUUUGCAACAUCACUGAAGACAUAAAAUUGCACAAAAAGGGCACUUGCAGAACCAAGAGUCAGAGGAACAUGAGGUGCUAAAGUGGUUUAAGUCACAGUAUAUUUCCCAGUGAAAUGUACGAUCUUAAAAUGAGCAACAAGAGAUUUUAAACUUAAAGAGUUACACGUCCUCAAUAACCAAUACUGCUUACGUUUAAAGAGUACCUUCACGUGCCCCAACAUUUAGGUCACAGUUCUUGCAUUGCAGUUUCAUAAUUGCUUUCAUGCUAAAAUGAGGACCUUGUAAUUAAAAAGGUCUGAGUUAAUAACUUAGUCACUGUAUAUUGUUAUGCAAGAUCAUGCAUCAGUUAUGAAAUAAGCAAAACACAGAAUCUAAAAAACAUUGCAAAGUCCAAAUUUUGACACAUUCCAUCGAAUUGUGCAGAUGUGGAUUGUGCAUGAUUGUAAUGUGGAGUUGUGAAACCUUCCUGUGGGCAGAGUUUGUAUUUAUCAAGAAAGAGGAAGUAAUUCAUGGAGGUAUUAUGUAAGCCAAAUCUUUGGCUUUGCAGCUAUUGUCCUCAAGUGCUGUGCAGGGCUUAAAGAAGCAGGGGACAAAAAACUUGAGUGACUGUGGCAUAAGCCCCUCUGAUCUGGGGCUGCGUGUACGACUCUGAAAUAAAAGCUGGGGUGCAGAGCUCUACAGUAAGAACCUGUUGCCCUCUUUCCCUGGGGGAAAGGGAGACUUCCAGAGAUUGGACGGAGCAGCUGGCCCCCAAAGCGAGCAGUGCAACUAAUAAUCUGUCCUUCUGACAGAUGAGGUUAGAUGGCUGUCAUUUGAACCCUGCUGAUCAUGCAGGCUGGGAUAUCUGCAGCCCCAGAGUGAUGCGCUCACUGGUGGCAUUUCAUAGUCCCGCGGUCACUGUCACACUCAUCACUGUGGACCUCUCUGCUUUCACUCACCUCUCCAAUGCCCCUGACUGAGCAUGGACUCACACUCCCCUCUGAACCUUUCAGGACACUUCAAAACCACUCAUGCACACAUUACUGUUAUUGCUCCAGCCAUAUUACGGUAGCUUAACAGCAUCUUAGAUGUAACCAGCAGCAAAUGUAGAGCAAUAAGAGAGCCCAGAAAGGUGACUCACUCUUUAAACCAGAGCAACAAGCUUCGCUUUUGCCACCGUGUGCCAGUUUCUUUCUUAUUUUGACUCACACUUUCAUAUGUUGUGAUUGAUGUUGGCUCUGUGCUGUAGUCAAAAGUUAAGUUGUUCAGCACCUGGUUUGCAUAUUGUCUUCAAACAUAUCUGUGGUAUUAAAGGAAUUUGCCCAGGGCGUCCUGGAAGCAAGUAGAAACACUCCUGUGGUCUCAUUCUCAUCACAGUGAAACAGGGGGGUAUGCAAAUAGGUCAUAAAAUAGUCAGCAGAGUUUGUUUGGAAGUUUUUAAAGACCAUUAAGUUGUAGUUUAGAUUUUUUUUUUGUUUGCAGAUCUCAUUGAGCAUAGAUGCAUUUUUACAGUUUAUAACUGGAAAAAAGGUUAGUUAUGGAUAAAAUGAAGCUCUGUUAUUUAAUCCAAGGCCUGCUGCAGUGUUAAGUGUUGGUCAAAACAUAUGAAUCAUAGUUAAUUUGACAUUUCUCUGUAAAUAAUUCCCCUUUCAGAUAUUCAAAUGUAGAUACUGUCACACUACAUUUGUAUUUUGCAUAUUAGUAUUAUGGGGCUUUACAACUUUCCCUGACAUUACAAAAGAAAACAAAACAUAACUUAGUCAGAGGAGGGUGAAACAGAGAGCAUGCUUUUCAGACAAUAACAUGCGCGGGAAAAGCAGGGCGGAGAGGGGAGGAGCAGAGACUGAGGAGGGGAGGAGGGGGUAAAUGGAAGUCUUUUUAUCUCUAGUUUCCCACAUCCUGUGAACGGCUGCAAACGCGGCCACCCAAUUUGAAAGAAUGAGUGGAAUGCGCCUAUUCUCCCCAACCCGCUUUGAUGAACAGCCAGUUGAGAGGCAUUGUCAGGCAACUCAAAUAAAGACCAUAGUCCUGGACUUCACUUCAGCCAAUAAACCUCUGUGUUUAAUGUGAAAAUGAUCAGGUAAAUGGCAGGGGUCAGAAUGGCUGGAAUGCAAUUGAUGAACUGUUCUCAGGUUGUAGCCUCUGGGCCCUGCUUGUCUCUUUAGUCAAAUGUCUUUAUUAAGGCAUGUGGAAGUGUCAGUGCUAAUAAAAGCAACCGUCUGUUUCUUUCCUCAUAUGCAGACACAACAGGAAUACAGUGGAGAGACAAGUGAAAUAUAAAAACACAGAAAGUGAUACUUUAAUACCAAAAUAGCACAACUAUUUAUUCCAAGGUGGAACGGGAAAGCAAAUUUAUCUGAUUUGGGCAACUCGGUGAACUCUUGCAGUAUUUAUAAUCAUGUUAAUAAUAAAAGUCUAUUCAUAUCUUUUCUUCUCUGACUCAGUUUCCAGCGAAGGAAGGAGAGAGGGAGGGGGAGCACUUGGCUUUCAAUUUGCAUUUCCCUCCAACUUGUAUUCAUAAUUGUUACUUUCGACUCCCCCCUUUUUAGCGCGUUUUUAUUCCCGCCACGUCUGUGUCUGGCCCAGCCGGUUAUGGGGUUGGGUUUAUUUUCAUUUGGUGAUUGACAUGAGUUUGGAAUGCGUAUGUUCACUUCUAUUGGUGCAGAGGUUGAAAAGGGGCGGGGUUUGUCAACGUCAGAGCUUAUCGCAACGCCUUCUUACUACUGCCUUAUAAACCUCCACCCCCCAACUCGGUGAUUCUAAGAGCCGGUGUCUGAGAAGGCUUUCCUCCUUGCACCGUCUAAUCUGUUUAUAUCGCGAGUCGUACUCAACUGUUUACAAAACAUUGCGUGUGGAAAACGCAGUUUCGCGGGAGUCUUUAAUGCGAGUCAAGAUUUUUGGCUGUAUUUCCCAAAAUUUCAAGUCUCUGGAUGAAAGGAUCUCUACUGCAUUUUUGUUGCUCCAGCGUGGACUUAACAGCUCAUCACAGGAGACCGGAGAGUCUUACUAUCGGAAUUAAAUCCCCGUUUUAAGCCAAAAGGAAGACGAAGAGGACACAGUCGCUGACCUGUGGUGGAUACCCGUAAAGGAAUGCUGCUGUCCAAGCUCAAUUCUUUUGCCCACAUCCCCACAGACAUGCCGGCGAAAAUCCAGCUCCAAGUUCAACAAGGUUAGACGCCCUUUUUUCCCCUCUCUGCCGUCAUGGACGACGAGCUGCUGCAAUGGCAGUCCGUUUAUCGGGGCUCAGUCCGCUCAUGACACUACUUACUGAUGUCUAAACCUAUAUUAACCUUUUAUUAUGAAGUUAUCGACGACGUAGUACUCCUAUUACUAUUUUAUAUACGUCUUUUCCUUGGUUUUGAGAGCGAGUAGUCUCUUCUUUGGUGUUGACCGGCCGGCUGUGUUUAUGUUUCCACAGUGAAGGAGAGGGAGCCUUUCGAGAAGCUCUACCAGGUCGGAGCGGUGCUGGGCAGCGGCGGCUUUGGCACCGUCUACUCCGGGACGAGGAUAUCCGACGGAGCACCGGUUAGUAUUUCUUACAAGAUAAUACCUCAUAAAACACUUUUGACCCGCUGCUUCGUGUGUAUUGGUAUUGUGGUACUUGUCAUUUGACGUGGGCUCCUGUUUAUCCUGUUAGGUCGCUGUCAAGCAUGUUGCCAAAGACCGAGUCUCCGAGUGGGGGGAGCUGGUAAGAAACCAUUUUUUAACAUUAUUCGAACAUUUAUGUCAUAUAAAUAUCAUUGAAAUUGUGUUUAAAUUAAGGGAGUUAAUAUCUUGGAGUAUUUUGAGUUAAUUUCAACCCGCUUUUAUGUCUUAAAUACUAAUGUUUACAUCCCUCCUCAGCCCAACGGUUCACGGGUCCCCAUGGAGAUCGUGCUGCUGAAGAAGGUCGGCACAGGCUUCCGCGGUGUCAUCAAAAUGCUGGACUGGUUCGAACGGCCGGACAGCUUCAUCAUCGUGAUGGAGAGACCGGAAAACGUCAAGGAUCUGUUCGACUUCAUCACGGAGAGAGGUGCCUUACCGGAGGAGCUCGCGCGGAGCUUUUUCCGCCAGGUGCUGGAGGCCGUGCGGCACUGCCACAACUGCGGGGUGGUGCACCGGGACAUCAAGGAUGAAAACAUCCUCAUCGAUCUCCGCACCGGAGAGAUGAAGCUCAUCGACUUCGGAUCAGGAGCGCUUCUGAAGGAGACCAUUUACACAGACUUUGAUGGUGAGUCAGCAAUGCUUAAAAUGUGUUUGUUUAUACCUGAAAUCCGACAUUUUAAACUCAUAAUUUUAUCACAGGGAACAUGGUAUUAAAAGAUAUUAAAGCCCAUAGGUAUUUUCACUUCCCAGAUAGGAAUUCCUAGGUUGUGACAUAUCUGACAUCCCCCACAGCACUCUGAUAAUACACACUGAGCAGCAUUGCUUUUGCUUUGGCGCCCCCUAUAGGUCGAGAGUGGCAUUUUUACAACUCAAAGUUUGUAAACAAUGUCACAUGUCUGCUCCCCCUCCCACACUCAAACACACACCUCUCUCUAACAUAAUGCGUGUCAUGCUCCCUGACACCUGAGACCAGAUAAUCCCUUGAAAAAACUGUUCAGCUGAUAAAUCUGCACUUAGUUAAUCAUUUAUUUGAGUAUAUAUUAAAAGGGGUUACCAGUUUUAAAACAUUAUAUCAAGUCUAAGUUAUGUGAAGUCUGGGUACUGUUUAUAAAUGAGUCUAAUAAUGUUUUCUAUCUUUUUGCCUUCUCCCCUAAUAGGCACAAGAGUGUACAGCCCACCCGAGUGGAUCAAAUAUCAUCGGUAUAAUGGACGCUCUGCCACAGUUUGGUCCCUGGGUGUCCUGCUGUAUGACAUGGUGUGUGGGGACAUCCCAUUUGAACAAGAUGAGGAGAUCUUAAGAGCUCAGGUCCUCUUCAGGAGAAGAAUCUCAGCAGGUAAAUAAACUUUGUAACACAUUUUAUUAUGUUUGUUGUUUACGACUUCUAAUACUCCAUACUGAGCUAAGUGCUAUAGACUUAUAAUCUUUGCUUAUCCUCCCCUAGAAUGCCAGCACCUUAUCAAGUGGUGUCUGUCUCUGCGGCCGUCAGACCGUCCCUCCUUUGAGGACAUCAUCAACCACUCAUGGAUGCAGAACACAGCCUCUUCUGUAGUCCCGUCCACCGUGCAGACAGAAAAGACCACCACAGAGAUCAGACUUCACAGCAUCAGCCAUGAGCCAACAGCCUUCACACCCACUCCUGUCGCCGUGGCUCGGUGAUGGAAGCAAAAACAGCUCUCUCUGGGCUGAUCUGGUCCGAACUGGCCUGCACUGAGACUAUUACAAAAGACUUAUGUAACAGACUUGAAGCAGAGAGGAGGGAGGGCUGGCCUGCAGUCCUGUUGCAGAAGAGGGGAAGGUGCAAGGACUGAAUGCAGAAGAAGUUGGGAAAAAAAAUCAUCACAGCUUGGUUUCACUCUGCAAGGCUGGACCCUCUCCGACCUCAAAACCCCAACUACUUGAUUUUCUGUCAGAACGUCAACUUCACUGGACUCUGAUGAAGAUGAUGGGUGUUUACCAGUCUGUUGGAGGGCAUGGCUCUGUAUGCACGGACACCUGCAAUGAGCAAACACAGUCCUUUACUUUCGAUUCUCCUGAAUGGAAAGUGGACACACUGAGUUAUGUAACCUCUCGCUACGCUGUACUCUGCUCUUCCUGUAUUUUCUCUCUGAGGGAAAAGCAGAGGCGUAGGCAGAGAGGAUUUUUAUAAAAGUGCCUUCUUUGAGAUUGUUGGGGAACCUGAAAAUACUUGAAUCUCUAAAAGCAGAAAAGGCUCCACUUAAAGUCAGCCUCUUUUGCUCCUUACUCUCUACGCGGCUUUAUGUUUUUCUUUGCUGUUUUUCCUCUCAUGGGCCUAGAUCAGUAAAGCCUGUGCCAUUCUACAACCACUACUAUCACUACUUCUCCAAUGUCAUUAGCAACCAGACAACCUCAUAGCUCUGGCAGCAACCUGUGCAAACAAACAGAUCAUAAAAACACUGGACUUACCUCACUCUUUUACUACCACCUCUAUACGUACGCUACAACCUCCGCUUCCUCCUCUUCCUGUGUUGUGUACUGUAUACAAACACACGGCUAAGGCAACCGCUAGUUCACACCUACACGAAUGCACACCACAAUGCAAACCUAACCAUACCGAAAUACAACAUCCUCUGCUCUUCACCUCAAUUUUUUUUUUUUUUUUUAACUUUUGUGUUCAAACAGUGCCUCACACAGGUCUUAAAAUUCGACUGAGACAAGAAUUGUAAAUAAUAAUGAUGAUAUUUAUUAUUGCUGUGGCUUCUUUCUCACACUCAAUGAGCGCAGAAUUUAUUUAUUUAUUUAUGAGAAGAGAAUUUCGGCUGUACUUAAUGUAUUUCAUUCCACAGUCACCGAAGGGCCCACAGAUUAUUUAAAACAGACAAAGACUAGAUGAUUUUUCUUUGGCCGUAUUUAUUAUGGCUUGAAAUUUAAAAAAGAAAAGAAAAAGAGCAGAUGUUUGUGUGUAUGUUUGUGUAUGUCAUGUAAAUAUCAUGUAAAUAGUCCUGAAAGCACUUCCAUGUUAAUGUAUGUAAACAGUGAACGUCUACUGAUGGUAACUGGUUUUGUUACGCCGUCGUCUGCUGUGGGUGCAAGUGGAAUCUGAAUGUCUGGUAUGUGAGUGAGUGUGUGUGUGUGUAUGAAUGUAUUUGUGUGUGAAAGAGAAGUGAGAUUGAGAAAACUCUUUGGGGUUUUAUAUGAAUGCAGCUUGGAUUGUUGUUUUUUCAUCCAUUCAAGUUAGAAUUGUAAAUUAUGUUAGAAACUAUUUUUAUACAAUUUCAAUAAAUAUUUUUUUAACUAUG